AUGGACAGCUACAAGAGCAUUCCUCUAGCUCCACAAUCUCCAGAAUUGGUCCAAACUCCUAACCAAGCACAAGUGGCCACGCCCACAGUUGGAGAUUGUGAUGUUCCUCAUUAUGAUGGGUUUAGUUAUGGAAUCCAUCCUCCACCCAUUGAAGCCCACGUCUAUGAGAUCAAGCCAAGUUUGAUAAGGUUGAUUCAAAGCUCUAAGUUCUUGGGAAAUGGAUUGGAGAAUCCUUGUGAUCACUUGGACUACUUUGAGAGGUUGUGUAGCACGUUUAGGAUCUGUGGUGUGCCUGAAGAUAGUAUCAAGCUCAUCUUGUUUCCAUUCUCACUUGGAGAAAAGGCAAGCCAAUGGGAGAGAGCCAUACCAUCUCAUUUGGUCAUUCUUGGGAUGAUUGCAAGAGAGUCUUCCUUCUAA